AAAUGAACCUAACAAAACCAAGUUUCAGAAUCAUACAGCAAAAGAAUGCUAAUUUAUGGCUCAACUACUCCAAUUCUUCUUCAUACAAUCAACACCAACAACAAGAAGACCAAUGGCAUCAUCAUCAGAAGCACUUCUCAGCUUACAAGAGCAAGCAGAAAAUGCAUUGUAGCUACUGCAGGGUUUCUUGCGGCUGCUGCAGUGUUAGCUUCAGCAGCAACAGUAGGCCUUGCAAUCGAGUCCCCUGAACAAGGUGAUACUCUAGCCAACAUACCACAGACGCUAUCCGGUGAGUGCAUUUUGCCGAACGAUUGUAAGAAAGCUCGCAUUCAAAAGCCGAAAUCAAGACAAGCGGAGUCUUGCACAAUCAAGUGCGUCACUACUUGUAUCAGGGGAGGCGAAGGCUCACCAGGUGAAGGCCCCUUCAAUGUCAGAAGACCUAUAGUUGUUUUCAAGCAAGGCUUCCGAAGCCGUCAAUACUGUUUGGUGGAGUGCUCAGAUAUAUGCAAUCUGAUUCGAGAUGGUGACGAUGGGCCUUGAUUAAUGUAACUAUAAAAUUUUGUAACCAGCUAGCAACUAUACAGCCCUUAGUUUCAUCCUCGUUUGCGGUCAGAUGCCCUUAUGGAAGAAAACAUUAUUCCUUGAGAAUUUCUACAUCUUUGUUCGAAAUUCAAACACUGUCAAUCUACUUCUCCAACUUCCUAAAAGUUUACUCGUGCACCCCUUUGGCAUAGCC